UCUCACACACACACACACACACACACACACACACACACACACACACACACACACACACACACACACACACACACACACACACACACACGCACACACGCACACACACACAUAUAUGCACACACGUAUCUUCCACACACACACAUCCAGUUGAAGGUGUAAAAAAUGUAAACACGGUGAAAGGCAACUUUAAACUGAAAGUAAACAUAAUAUAAAUGUAAACAAUCACAUUUUGAGGUAUCAGGAUUAACUAGCUUAACCCUCUCACUGUCCUAAUGGGUGUGACCCCGCUAGGAAAGUUGACCAUUGAGCAGGAUUGAUGGUCCAUGUGGCAGGGGUGAGGAGUGAGCACCACCUCGACCCUGGAAGUCACUUACACACCCCGGGGCCGGGGCUUCCAGUACCUGGUGGACUGGGAGGGUUACGGUCCCGAGGAUCGCUCCUGGGUUCCCCGCUCUUUUAUCACCGACCCUGAUCUCAUCAGAGACUUCGAGGCCUCUCGACUCAUGACUCAUGACCAAAGCUUUCUUGCUGAGAGUGGGUGUGUUCUGAGGUCUUUGUAAAACUAACUUCCAGCAGCAUUCACGUCAGUUCGUGAACUCACCACUAUCACUGAGGAAGGGAACAGCCGUCCCUAACCUCCACCUGCUGUUCUGUCACACUGACAGAACAGCUUUGAAUAAACGUAACUGUAGCCAGCUGACGCAAAAACUCCUUCAGAGUAUUGACUUGGAGACGCAAAUAGUUCCACCAGUCGAGUGACCCAAGGAGACAUCUCAGGACCGAUUUGGUCGUGCCAGAAGUUUUUCUACCAACCUCGUGCCUGGAGGAAACCAUCUCCACCUGGACACUUCGGAUCCAAAAGGGAGUCUUCUGAUACUGGGUGAGGUAGACUUCGACAGAUUGUGUUUGAUGCUGUUCCUCUAAGUAAACUCAGUCAGCUGCAAAGCCAUCAUUUCCAACCCAGAACACGUUCCUCUCUUGAAAGAAACCUUCUGAGAAAUCCAUUCACGCAUCCAAACUCGUAUUUCCAAUUUAGCUUUCAUCCAGCCACAGGUUUGCCUUUUAAAACAAGUUUAAUAUCAAAGCUGUUAAAAAUUGUCAUUAAAUUGUCAUCCAUGAAAUGUCAUUUUGUAAAUGUCAUUCAAAUCGUAAAGUUUAAAAAUUGUUAAUAAUAAAAUCUUCAUUUUUAAACUCGCCUCAUUCUUUGAAAUGAAACACAGAAAGGUAUAAUCAUUUCUGGUUAUUGAAAAAGCAAAGAUUCCUAACUUCUGAUUCAAAAAGAAACUUUUGCUACUAAAUUUAAUUACCUUAAAUUAAACUUUAAUCUUUGGAUUAAAAAUAGACCAAACAGGUUGGAGUAUGAACUUACAUCGAUUAUAUAAGUAUCCUGGAUAUUUAUACAUGAUGUAAGCUUCAUAGGCUGAUUUGCUUGGUCAUUCUCAGAAUCUACAACUGAUAGCAAACUGUGUUGAUUCUAGUAUGUAGUAUAACUCUACAGCAAAAAAGACUAAAUAAAGCGCAGAGUUAAAACUUUUCCUGGCGCAAACUUUUCCAGGAAACUAAAUGAAAAACAAAAACCUGUAAAAAAAACUACAAAAAUGUUGUUAGGUCUCACAUGGGUCGCACAUAGGAAACCCUAACUAAGGUGUUUAUCGCUCUUGCUGAUCUGAAUACUUGGUUUUCAUACUGUUUUACAUAAUGAUGAAGGCAUGUGGGAUUCCUGAAGAACUGGAGCGGAUAGAAGAAUCUGCUCAGAGACAACCUGGCGAAGGAAGAACUGGACAAAAGUUUGGAUCUGUGAAUAAUCUAAUAAGAUCCUAUAAACAUCAAGUAAGUUUUUGGAUUUCUUUCAUCACCUUGGUUUUUAAAUGUUCUAAAUGAUGCAAUGAUCCAUUUUUACUCCUCAAAAACUUUAGCUGGAUAAUAUGAAUCAGGAUUAUCUAAUUGACACAGAAGAUGCAGUGAUGUUUAUACAUUUUCUUUUCACGUCUAAGGAAUUUUGUUGGAUCGCUCAUGAAACAUCAAGCAAUCAUGAAAAGCAUCCUAAAACUCUUGUUUCUAACAGGUCAGUGUCUCUCCAAACCUACCUUAAGUGUCAAAAGUCAACCCCUUACCCUCUCAUUUGACCAAUUCUGAAUACUUUACCCACACAAAUAUGUUUGAAUACAGUUAUAAAAAUAAAGGCUUAAACUGUUGUGCUGCAGGAUUGUGCUCCCUGUCUCUCUUUGUGCACGGGCAUCCGUACAUCUUAUUCCAAACUCCAAAAACCUGGACAGAAGCACAGAGCUACUGCAGAGAGAAAUGCAUCGACUUAGCCACCAUGGAGGACAUGAAAGACAUGAAUGUAGUUCUUAACUAUGUCGGAAACAGCUACAGUGAUGCCAUAUGGAUCGGGCUGUAUAAGGGGAGCAACCCAAGGUGGAUCUGGUCUCUGGCAGACAAGGAUCUCUACAAGGAGGGAGAGAAGACUUAUUUUAAAUGGGGCUUAGAAACUUCCAAUAACUGUGUAACUUUAAGAGACGGCCUUCUCUACGUGGACAUCUGUAUAAAUAACAUGCAGUCAGUCUGCUUUGAUCGUGAGUUACUUGCUGUUUCUUAUGUUUUUAUUUUAGGUGGCAGACAGUUUUUGCAUGUUCCAAAAACUCUUUGGACAGGAUCUUCCCGCAAAACCAAACAAGGAGUAGAUCAGUACAGCCUCUCGGAGAAAAUGGUUUGGACCGCUGCUCGGGAUUUCUGCAGACAAAACCACACAGACCUGGCCAGUUUAAGGAACAAUGCAGAAUACCAGAUGGUCCAGGGGGUAACCAAUGGAGUGACAGCAUAUGUAGGGCUCUUCAGAGACCCCUGGGUGUGGUCAGAUCUGUCAGACUCUUGGUUUAGGUUCUGGAGACCAAGCCAAGCGGUUAAUUUUCGAAAUGCUCUAAACUGCGUUGCUAUGCUGAAAGAGGAAUCUGGUAAAUGGGGAGACAGGAGUUGCACAGAAACUCAUCCGUUCCUCUGCAAAUGCAGUGAGUAACGAUUAGAACCAGUUAAUGUUCAUGUUCAUGUUAAUGUGCAUCAUGAAGAUGGAGUCUUUAUUUAUGACUUUAUUUUGGUUCCUAGAUAAAAGUCAACAACAUUAUAUCAAACUGAGGAUCAGCUCAUUGGACUCAACGUUGGAUCUAAACGACCCGAAAACGAAAAACAGUAUUCUGGAACAGGUGAGGCCAUAAGAUUUAGUUUUUGCUCACAAGGUAACAUUUUUCUUCUCGCAAUAAGAACCCGAAUUUUGUCUUCUUUGCAGAUGCAGAAUAAGCUGAGUGAGAAAAUUUCUGGAGUUGUUCGUCUGCAGUGGAGAAACCACUCUGAUGGUCAAGUUUUCAGCAGGGACUCUGAUGGGAACGACCCGUGAGAGGAAAACAGGACUCGUGCUUUUCACAAAACACAAAGUUUAGUCUGAAAUCAUUUAAAAUUUAUUUUUAGAACAGAAAUGUUCACUGGUUACAUUCUAGCUAAAUGAUGCAUGGCUCAAUGGGAAACAAAAAAAUUAUUAAAUAAUAUGUUUCAGCUGAUGUAAUGACAUCACUGAAUGCUCAUUAUUAGUAGAAAUCUGUCAAUCAGGACUAAACCAGGUAUUGUUAACUAUAUUAUGUGGAGCAUGAAUAGUUUUCAUAGAAAGCAAAGCUAAUGUGUUUUAAAUUUUCUUUAUUACAGUCAGCUCAACUUGUUAAAUUCAUGAUCACAUCACAAAAAUAGGUUUUUAUCAUCUAAAGAACAUUUCCAGAGUCUGCCCCGUUUUCUCUCUGGCCAAUACAGAGACGUUGAUGCAUGCUUUUAUCACCAGUAGAAUAGACUACUGUAAUGCCCUUCUGGUCUUCCCAAAAAGAGCAUCUUAGGUUUACAACUUCUAAUUCGGUGGCACGUGUCCUGACGAAGGCCAGGAGGUGGGAGCAUAUUACACCAGUUUUAGAAUCACUGUAUUGGCUCCCUGUAUGUUUCAGGUUCGAUUUUAAGGAUCUUUUAAUGGUUUUUAAGUGUCUUAAUGAUCUUGAACCUUCUUAUCUCUCAGAACUGCUUUUACCAUUUGAACCCUCACGUCCUCUGCAGUCCUCUGGCAGGCGUCUCCUGGUCAUCCCUAAAGUCGGGACACAUAAUCACGGCGAGGCGUCCUUCCAUUAUGGCCCUCGCCUCUGGAACGAGCUGCCGAAGAACCUUAGGGAAGGUUCAUGAUUUUAAGAACAGGCUCAAGACCCACCUAUUUAGGUUAGCUUUUAUCUAAUUAUUUAUUAUAGUUUCAUUUCUCGUUUUACAUGAUUACAUUUUAUUGUUUGCUGUGCAUGUUUUACACAAUAUUUUAGCAUUGUGUCAUCAUUUAAUUGUAUUAUUAUUUUACUGUCUCUAUGAUUUAAAUCAUUAUUUAUUUUCUUACUUUUAUCUUUCAUAUUAGCUCUUUUAUUUUAUAUUUUUACUCAUUUUAAUCCAGUGUUUCCUCUGUGGGGGCCCUCUGCCCUGGAGGCUGUGGUCGACUGUUACUGCCUGGGCGCUCUACAGGUAGUGCUUGAGUGGUGGUGGGGUCUGUGCUCUCCCUCCUCUGGGGCGCCCUGGCUUGGUUGCUGUGGUUGACCUGAUGCUGUCGGGGCAGGCGGCUCCUAUGAUGGCGUUUCCUUGCCUACCUUACUUGACUCAUCUGAACUCAGCAAAAUAUAAAAUAUAACUUUUACUGAUGUUAUUGGGUGUGUGUGUGUGUGUGUGUGUGUGUGUGUGUGUGUGUAUGACGUAAUACUUUUAAACUGUAAAGGGAAUUUGGGGUCAUUUUAAUUCUGUAAAGCUUUUUGAGUCGCACAUUUGUUUGAAAAGCACUUGAAAAAUAAAGUCUGAUUGAUUUAAAUUUUUCUUGAAAUGAAAUGUUCAUCACCGCGUCAUAAUGAUGUUUAAUUUCCUUAUGUUGUGCAUUUGUCUAUAAUUUAUUUAUAAUACACCAAAAACCAGUUUGAACUUGUUUGUGACUUGUUAUACCAGAGAUGAACAAAGCUGCUUUGCAUUCUGGGCAAGAAAUCUUUUCAUAAUUAGGAGGAAAAACAAAUUGCUUUGGUGGUUGUAACGUCGCUCUGACGGUCAACAAUAAUAAGUAAAAAAAAAAAAAACUACGGAGUUCGGAAACGGAAUCUUUAUUCAGCCAUGUUCUGAAUAUGACGCUAGCCAGUUUAGUGCAUCGACAUACGUUUUGUGGUGCGUUCAAGCGCUCCCACUACAUAAGAA